AUGUGCAGGUGAUUGGAUGCCUGUAUGUGAGCGUGUGUUUAUGUGUUUGUCCAGUGCUAUAUAUAUAGUGUGCUGUGUGUGCGAGGCAGUGAUUCUGCUGAAGAUGGUUGAUGUUCCAGGGUCUCCACUCCUAUCUCUGCUGCUGCUGCUGUGUGUGUCGCCUCUGCCUGCCGCCACAUACACCCUGACCCCUAGCAGACAGGCCCAGCACAAAGUCCUGCACCUGGACUGGCCUAAGGACUGUGGCAUGGCCCACUAUAAACCUAACAUGGUUGAACGGAUCGUCUCUGGAAACGAGGCCAGACCUCACUCCUGGCCAUGGCAGGUCUCCCUACAGGUUCGUCCCCGAGGCAGUAAGCACUACAUCCAUGUCUGUGGAGGAACUCUCAUCCACAAGAACUGGGUCCUCACUGCUGCUCACUGCUUCCAGAAGGGUAAAGCCGAGGAUGCUGGGAGUUGGAGGAUUGUCCUGGGGAAGCACCAGCUGAAACGUUCCGAAACACCCGAGAAGACUAUCCCGGUGAAGAGGAUAUAUCGUCACGAGCACUUCCGUUACCCCACGCACAGCGAGUUGGAUUACGAUAUCGCCCUGGUCAAGGCUGCCACCGACAUCGUGCCCACCAACCACAUACGCUAUGCAUGCCUGCCGCGCAAACAGAUCCGCCUGAAGCCAGGACAAUACUGCUGGGUGACCGGCUGGGGAGACACUCGGGGUGGGAAGGAGAACGUGUCUCUGGCUGAGGCUCUGAACCAGGCCCGUUUGCCCAUCAUCGACAUCAAGACCUGCCGUCAGAAGAAGUUCUGGGGAGACCGCGUCAGGGAUUCCAUGAUCUGUGCCGGCUUCAGAGACACAGAAGGACCACCUGCUGCCUGCCAGGGUGACUCGGGCGGUCCUCUGCUGUGCCAGUUGGGGCGUGACAGGUGGGAGGUGCACGGUGUGGUGAGCUUUGGCCCCAUUGGCUGCACUGUGGAGAACAAGCCCAGCGUCUUCACCCGCACCGCCAAUUACAUCCCUUGGAUCGAGGCUACGCGAAUCAGAGACAUCUUCAUGCACUAGACUAGACCACACACAACCUGACAACCCCUCCACACCCCAAAACUAUAACAUUUAUUUUUUGUGCAAUAUACCAUAUUGCCUCAGGCCACACACCCCUCUCCUCUGUGUCCAAAACCUGUGAGUCACUACAGUAACAUCAGACAACAUUUGAAUGAAGACAUUUUACAAUCAACAUUGUACUGAUCAUCAGCAUUUCAUUAAAUCAAGCCACCUGUCACGAUGCUGUAAUCUGUGUUAAAUUCUGUGUUAUUCAGGCUUUGUGUCUCUGAAAGUACUCUAGUCACCAUCAACUUAAUGUGUAUGUUAUGGACAAUUUGUUUCAGAAUCACACUCAAGUCAACAAUUCAAUGGUUUAUGUCUAUAACCUUAUGGAUUUUGUCUGGAGCAUUUUGUCCUUCAAUAUUACAUUCAGAAUCAUGUUUUCCCAUUUCAUUGGUGCAUGCAAAGGAACAUACAGUAUCUGCAAUUUGUAUGGCAUGUAUGACACCUUGACCUCCACCACAUCCCCAACCAAUGUUCCACUUCCUGGUUGUACUUUUUCUUGACUAUAACUCCCAUCAUGCAGUCUGUCAGCCAAUAAAGUUGGCAGAAAAAGCAGAA